GUACCGCAUUUUUGUUUUGAUUCUCGACGUGAGCGGACGUGUGUGUUCGUGUGAUGCGGCGCCAGUUGGCAGGUACAGGUAGCGUAGUUUACCUUUGCCGCUCUACAAAAGUCAAAUAACAACAAUAACAACGACGGCGAUAAUCGCAACAACAACAACGACAACGACAGUUGCAACAAUAGGCGCAUUCUUAAUUGUGUUUACCUUUGAUUGUCAUUCGCCAGCGUUACAUACAUACAUACACAGAGAGAUAAACAUACAUUUUAUAACUGCGAUUUGACUGCGUGCGUGUGUCGUCGCGUCUCCUCUUUACCCCCCUCUUUGCCCCCUCCUUUUUGUUUGUUUGUUUUUGGUUCUUGUUCUCUCGGGUUUUCCUUCAAUUGGAAUGUGCAGCGAAAAGAACGGCAAGAAGAAAAGCCAAGCGCAAAGAAAAGAAAAGCAAAGCAAAGAACAAAUCAAAUCAGAGCAACGGUAUUAAAAUUUAUAUAAGCACUAACAUAAUUUACUACUCUCGCACACACAAAACACAGACACAGACAUUCAAGGCAACUACUUCAAAAAAAAAAGCAGUAAUAAAUACAAUUUUACACAUUCACAUUCCAUUUUGAUUCUGUUGUGUGUGAAAAACUUAUAAGAGAAAAAGAAAAACAACAAAAACAACACGAAACCAACGGCAAAUAACAAUAACAGCAGCGGCAACAACAACAGCAGCAGCAGCAACAACAACAGUAAGCAGCAUAGCAAAGCAGCGAAGUCAACGUCAAAAACGAAGAAGAAGAAGCAAGAUAAAUACAUAGCAAUUUCGACUAAAUAAAGUUUACCAAACGUCGUCGGUACAAUCGGAACGUUCCGUUCCUGCGUUUCUGUUUUCCCGUACGUGCGCUCUCCUUUCCGUUCGUUCCGCGCGCUGCUCUCUUGAGUGAGAGAGGGUGCCCACUUGUUGCCGGCUCAACUCGAACUCUCUCUUGCUAUUCCAUCAUUCCAUCGAUAUUGGAUACGAUAAGUGAUUGAUCUGAUCCACCCACUGGCGGAGAUUUGUGGUACGACGACGACGCUCAGUGGAAGCAGAAGAGCCCGGAUCCAUUGGAAGGCAUGCAGUUGAUGGCCAGCGGUUACUCCUGCAGCAGCUCCAUCUCCUUCAGUUCCAGUUCCAGUUCCCUCCGUUCCAAACUCUCGCGAUGGAGAGCGAGCAGCAGGAGGUUGGGGGCGGAAGUGCUCCGUUAUGUCGCAUCUGCAUCACCACCCACCACCAGCACAACAACACCACCACCACCACAGCAUCCACAGCCAACCUGCCAAUGAUACCCAUCUUCGGCGAGGAUGCGCUCUGGCAGAAGAUUACCACGUUGGCCAACGUCAAGAUCAGCAAAAACGACACCCUACCGCAACAGGUGUGCGUCGGCUGUGCCAAGACAGCCAUAUCGGCCUGCGUGUUCAAAAAGAAGUGCGAGGAGGCGGACACCUUUUAUCGCCAGCAACUGAGACUCCAAAAGAUCGAGGGUGCGGAUCCGCUGGAGGCGAGCGCUGCCGUCGACCAGGCCAAGAGCAGCGGCUGCAGCAGUGGCAGCGGGAGCAGCAGCGCCAGCGGUAGCAGUUCCACCAGCAGCAGUUCCUCCUCCGACGACGAGGACGAGGACAACGACCAGGACCAGGACCAGGAUAACGACAAUGAAGUGGGCGCUGGAGAGGCACACAAGCGGCUGCAUAAUGGCCAUGGCCAGGCCAUUAAUGGCCAUCGGGAAGAUGAGGUCCCCGAGGAGAUGGAUGACCAUCACGAACCAGGCAACAUCGAUGAGGAACCGGAUGAGGAUCACCAUCGAAAUGGCCUUGAGUUGACGGAUGAUGCCAAUCCCGAGGAUGAGGAUGAUGUGGAGGAGAUAAAUCCCUUGAACCACCACCACCAUAACGACGAUGGCGAAAUAACCGUCCACGGCGUGAAUCCCAAGGAGCCGUUCGACUUCAACUCCAUUCGUCUGAUGCAGGAGUAUAUGCAACAUCAGAUGAACAAGUUCCCCAAUGGCUCCGCCACCGGUCCACCGGGUCAGGACAUGGAGCUCGAUCUCGACCAGCGGCACCACCACCAGCACCACGAUGGCGAUGGCGACGAUGACGAUGAUGAGGACAUGUCGCUGCCGCUGAUACCCGAAAUCGAGUUGAUCACGCCGGGCGAUGAAGUUCCAGCGGAUCCGUCGAAUCCCAACGAUUUGGUCAAUGGUGUGGCCGGCGUUGGCGUGGUCCAGGGAAUGCGUGGACCGGGCUUCCAGUGCCCCCAUUGCUAUCAGAUAUUCGAGAUGAAGCAGAUCCUCAAGGCGCACAUGCAGAGCGUCCAUGGAGCACCGGGUCCGGUGUACGAGUGCAGCAACUGCCGCAAGACCUACUUCUACAAGCGCUUUCUGGAGAAGCACAUACGGCGCGGUCGGUGUGUGAAGAAGCGUCGCAACCAAACCCGGCCGAUGCAGUGCUCGGACUGCCAUGUCCUCUUCCCCACGGGCCACCAUUUGGGUUGGCAUAAGCGCACCGGUUGCCCCUCGAAGGCGGCCAAAAUGCCCCUGCAGCAGCUUUUCAAGCAGAACAUUGUGCAGUUUAACAAUUUUCCCAAGCGGAUCGCCGCCGGAGGAGCACGCAAGCCCACGGCUCCUGAUCUGCAUAUCAACAAUCGCAAACUGGGCUUGGCCAACAAGCGAAAGGGACGCACUCGCAUCAAGCUGGAUGCCAAGAAGAUUGCCCUGGCCAAGCAGUUGAUACUGCGCGAGGCCACCACCACGGUGAUUGCCAACGAGCUGAACAUCUCGCGCACCUUCGCCUGGCGCCUGCGUAAGAGUCUGGUUAAUGGUGUCAGUCUGCAUGAGCGUGUGGUGGAUCCCUCGCAGGAAGAGCAGCACCUGCAGCAGCAGCUGCAGCAACAGCAACAGCAUCAACAGUUGCACUUGCAGCAGCAACAGCAGGAGGAGCAGCAGCAGGCAGCAGCCGCAGCAGCACAGGCCGAACGCGAACGGGAGCAUCAUCAUUUGAGCCUUCCCUAUAGCCACCUGGGCUUGGGUCUCAUCAAAGAGGAGCGACAGGAUAGCGAGGAUGAGGAGGAGCAGCAGCAGCGACAGCAGCAGCAUCUCCACCAUUCGCACCACCAACUGGGCCUGGUGGAUGAGUGCGGAGCGGAAGAGAUCGGAGCCGAGGAAACGGCUGGCUAUAUGGGCGAUGAGGAUGCCGUUUGCGGGUUGCUCCACAAUGGCUACGAUCCCGAUCCGGAUUCCGAUCCCAUUGAACACGAUCCCUUCGAGGGCACCGACAACAACAACGACCAUCAUUCGAAUGGCAGACGGCCUGGUUCUGUUUCGCCCGCACCACCACUAGCGCCGUCAUCGAUGGGCAGUUCCGGUGGGGUCGGGGUUCCGGUGCCGGUGCAGGUCCAUGCUGCUGCCGCGCGGACCGAUGUUGAGGUCUAUAAACGCCUGCUGGCCGAAUCGCAGCACUUCCCCCACAUCGUCAACGCCCAGCAGUUGCAGAUGCAGCAGCAGCAUCGCGAGCGGGAGCGGGAGCAGCGGGAUCGCGAGCGGGAGCAACUGCAGCAGCAGAAGGUCCACAACGGCGGAAUGCCGAUGCUCACACGCUAUCCGCCCGCCGUCAUGCACGCCCUGCCCGUCAACCUGUCCCUGCGCUCCAUGCCCCACAUGAACAGCAACGAGAGCAACGGCAGCUCCAGCAGCAACACCGCUGCCCCACUACCCGUUCCUGGCUCAUCCGCAGCCACAUCGACUGCCACUCCAACUGGCAAGAAGCCCCGCAAGCCGAACGUCUUUAUCGAUGACGAAAAGUACGCCAUGGCGAAGUUGUUGGUGGCCCAGAACUCCUCCACCAUGGAGAUAGCCAGGGCCCUAAAUGUCUCCCAAAUGACGGCUUGGAAGGUGCGCGAUGCCAUUCUCAAGGGAGUGCCUCUGUCAUACCGCAACAAGCGGUCCGAUGGCAGGCAUUCCGAGGAGUUUAGCGCCAAGGAGCAGCAGCAGCAGCAGCAGCAACAUCAGCAACAACAGGAGCAGCAGCAACGCCAGCAGCAGGAGAUGCAGCGACAGCAGCAACAGCAAAUGGAGCAAAUGGAGCUAAUCAAGCAGCAACGCCAGCAACAGGAGUUGCUACUUCAACAGCAGCAGCAGCAACAACAGCAGCAGCAGCAACUGCGUCAUCACACACCAGCGGAAACAUCACACUAUCAGCAGCAACAGACGCCACCGAAGAUGCUGCAUCCUCGCCGCCGCCUGAAGGCCGCGGAACGCGAGCUGCGCGACAAGGAGAUCACACGCGAAAUACUCGAGCUGAUCAAGGAGGACAGCAACAUUCAGUACUGGAAGGUGUCGGCUCGCCUGGCCGAGAAGGGCAUCAAUAUAUCGCCCUCGUCCGUCUGCCAGAAGCUCAAGUCGAUGGGCAUCCACCGACGCUGGAAGCCCGGCGACAAGCCGCCCAUGCUGGCCAUUAGUCAGCUGAAAGCGGCCACUGUGGCGGCCGCAGCAGCAGCGGCAGCUGGCCUGGCCGGCGUCGGCGGCGUUGUUCCGGGCAGCGCCGGACUGGCCGGCAGCAGUUUUGGCCUGGCCGACGACGGCUACGAGCAGCAGCAGUUCGACAUGGGCGGGCCACACUUUCUCAGUGCCUUUACGCGCUAGACGAUCGACCAAAAGUCGUCCUCCCCAUCUAGGUCUAGAUUAAAAUGUAGAACGCAUUGGAGUGGACGCAGAAUCGUAGAGGGCAUUCUUUAGGCAAUUCGACUUGGAACUUGUAGGUCCAAAUAAGAAUUUUAAGCUUCUAAACCAUUUCAAAGAAAAUAUACAUCUAGGUUUAUGAUCAUUGUUUUAUAGCAUACAGUUUCUAGAAGAUACUGUAUUAUCUAAGUAGGCAAUUUCAAACAUUUUAAUUUGAUUUUACUCUGAACUCGUUAUAUUUUCUCGAGAAUAUUUAUGAAAAACUUCUUUGCAGAACUGCCAUUUGCAAGACGAAAUGCCUAUAAAUUGUCGGGUUUAAUACUAUUUUUUUCGAGCCACCCUAAUCCAUAUGCAUAUAGACCAGCACAGCAACAACAACUUGUAUUUUUUAUAUAGUAUUUGAAAGAGAGUGCGCGCUUGAAAUGUAUUUGUAUUUGUAAUCGAUAUGAGAUAGCAUAUAUUGUAUGAUUCUGUAUUAGAUUUAUAUAUAUAUCCAAUAUAUAUGCUAAGCAUUCCUAGAAUGUCACACACACAAAGAAAACAGAAAGCACCCAAAAAAAAAACCAUGUUCAUUCCAAGCGAGGAAAUCAUUUCCUUGCUUUAAUUUCAGCAGCUUCCUUUUCCUCUUCCUCUUCCUUCAUCCACACACAUACACUACACCAACACACACACACACACUUAGCUGAUAAUGUAAUAAUUUAAUUAACAUAUUUAUUGAUCGCAUGUUUUCGUGUGUAUGUGUGUGUGCUUAAGCUGAGAAAUGUAUUUAAAGAUUUGCAUUAUUUUUAAUUUAUUUAUUUUUUACUCACGCACACACACAUAUGAGCAAUUAUUCAGUACUGAACUUUAAUUUAGUUAAAUUAAUGCAUCAAACGAUGAAAUAACAAUCAGAACAAAGCAAACGGAAGCAGAACAAACAGCAGCUAGAGAGAAAGUUAAGAAAGCUAGCAACAUAAGUGCAAUUAUAAACUAUACCUAGAAAACCAGAUGAAUGUAUAAUGUAUUACGUGUGACCGAGACAGAAGGUGGGAGAGUGAGAGAAGGGAGAAAGAGAGGCAAAACUGGCCUAAACACCACUGAACAUUUUUUAAGUUCCCAUUUUAGAAAAUAUUUAUUCGAAAAUCAUGAGUGUUAGUUCUCACCUCUUAAAAACCCCUUAUUUGCCAAUUAUGAUUUUUAAGCAUUUCAUUUUAAAUCGCCAAUUUAUAAAUAACUGUUGUUUUUGGUUAAAGUGUAGAAACAAAUUUUAAAUUCUAAAAUAAGUUUAGGUCAAUUAAAACAUCAAUUAGUUUUAUUUUAGAAAAACCUUAUACAUUCCCAAAGACAUACCAAAAUUCUAACAAAAAAACUGCAAGUCCAUACAUACAAAAAAUUGCGUUUUUGUGUGUUUACAGUGGUGUUGAGCCAUCAAUUUAAUAACUUUCACUCCCUAACUUUUCUCCUUUCUUUCUCUUGGUCGUUUUCCAUAUAGACAGUUAUUCUAAAUCCAUCCUCCAACCAAGCCCAAAAUUAUGUAAAAAAAAUUAUGGAAACAAUACAAACGAUCAACUUAAAAAAAGUCGUAGCCAAUUGUUAGUUGAAAGUGAGAAAAACAAAUCCACAAAAGAACAAAGCGGAAAAGAGGGGAAAUGAAGACAAGUUAAGCUGAGGACUCAGAACUGUAUUUAUUUACAGCCAAUUUAAGAAACAUAUUUUAUUAUUUUUUUGUUGUAGUGGAUGAAAUUCAAUUUGUCUGCGAUUUAUUUUUGUAUAGCUUUUAAGGUCAGCAGUUAGAGCAAAGGAGAAAGCAAGAGAGAGAGAGAGAGAGCGAGAGAGCGUUAGCGAAGGUUGAUAUAGUAUUUUUUUUAUAUUUUUGUACAAUUUGAAAUUGUAACUGCUUUUUAUCAAUCAAUCAAUCAAUGAAUGAUUCCCUCCCUCUACCAAACCACACACAUACAAAAACACACACACGCAUACUGUGCAAAGUAUUUUCAAUAUUCAUUACAUACAAUAUAUCCAUAUAUAAAUAUGUAACAUUUAAACGCAUAAGAAACUAAAUUUAUGAAAUAGUUUUUUUUUGUUUUUUUUAUAUAUCAUAUUUAUUAGCCGCAGCUUAUAAAAUAGAUUUACAAAAAUGAUUACAAUUUUUUUGUAUGAAAUGCAAAGAAUGAUGUCUAUGAAAUAUAAUUUAUUAUACAUAAAUAUA